CACGCGGGUCACCUCGCUACCACCACAACGGUCAAUUCAUAUAACGCAUCCAGGGUGCUGAUAUCAUCGCCAUGCUCCUUGGCGAGGACGCUCUCAUCUACCACUAGCACGACGAGAUGUUGUUCGACAAAUUAUGGUCGCGUUCCCAUCAUCGUUCCGAGGUGCCAGCAACGACCACUCUAUUCAAACGACUACGGCCACCUAGGGCGCGAUGCAUGAAGAAGGGAAUCCUUGCUAUCGGAUUGUCCAGCCUCAUCUACAGCAGCGGCUGUCCUACCUCCAUCGAGUACUACCGGGGGGUCUGCAUUAUCCUGUGUCUCUUCCAUGCCCACCAAUCGAUUUUCGCCGACUUCCGCACCACGGUGGCGUACUUCAUCAAGCUGACCGGAGCCAUAUACCUGAGGAUGCGAGUGUGGUUCCCCAUAGCAGGUAUGGAGACUCCGGGCCAAGUGCAUAAGCAUCUAGGCGUGCUAUUUGGGCUGCAAGGGGAGGCAAGGACGACAGCCCACCAUGUCGUGCACCAAGCAUGUGUCGAAGUUCAUCAUCUCGUCCGAGGCUUCGACCCGGACGUCGGGGUCGCGGAAGAUCCACUGAGGUGGGGUGAGGCAGCGGCAAAGGUGGUGAUACUGCUGGUUGAUCUGAUGGGUGAGACGGCUCUUACAGUGGUCCCGCCGACCCAGACACAGACGAUGCUAAAAUCAGAUGGCGUAUCGGAUGACUAUGCCUCAACGGAGCACUAUGAGUUUGCUCUCUCGGACGAAAGCUUCUAGGUCGUUCUUCGACCUGGAUCGAAAUGAUAUGGGUCCGCCAAGGCCGAGUUAGGCCUUUUCUCUUUUUAUCCUGACGCUUGACCGUACUUUGUGUAACGAUUAUGGGUAAUAUCGAUGUCUAUACCUUGUAGCACUAUUACUUCCAUUCUUACAAUGAUUCUCUUGUUCGAAGGCCCGAGGCCUCAGAAUUCACGAGCUUCGCUCUGAUGGCCGAACAGCAAAGGUUUAUCGAGGUGCUGGGCUUCUUUCAUUUCAGUGUUCUAACGAUGAGUAAGAUACGUAAAGCAGCCAUAUUAGUGGUAUCCACUCUGACGCUGCACAAGCAACUUGGACUCUCCAUCUCCUUCCGAGAGUACCCUAUCGAGUACCCUUUACCGAAGGGAUAAACAGCGUAUUCAAUCAUACACUGAAGUCAUCAAACAGCACCGACUAAUGCGCC